CCUCCACCCCAUUCAUCAACUCGUGUUUGUUCAUCCAGCUCUCCUCUUCCUUCCCCUUCUCAUCCCUCCUGAUCAUCUACAUCAUGUCCCGCGCAAAGCCAAAGCCGUACGACCGCGACCGCGACCGCGACCGCGACCGUGGCCGCAACCUCGAUGCGCCGUGGAAGCACGACCUCCACAGUUCGCACUCCCUCGCCGCGCGUCUAGACCGCGGCUCUUCGUCGGGAAGCGCAUCCCCAUCCCUCCUCAACCGUCUCGGCGGAGGAUCCGGGUCUGGGCGAGGCAAGGAGCUGCUUCCAAGCUCCACAAAGGGAGGGAUGUACGGCUUCGAUUCGAAACCCAACGCCGGAGUCGAGCUGCUUCCUUCAACGCCUUCCUCCAAAACUGCCCAGCCUUCCCGCGCCCGCCGAGGACAGGCUGGCGACGAAGCAGGUCGCACGCUGGCCGCAAAAAGCAUAGCAGCGAUUACGGGGCGUGUACGUGACCGCGACACUCUCAGCAUUGUCGGCGCGGCGCGUAGCACUUGGGUGAAAGUAGAGAGACUCGCUAGGGGCACGACGGCGGAAGAUGUCAAGUCGGCUUUCGCCCACCACCCUAUUGGUGGCGCACGAGUUUCGUCUCGCCCAUCCGACCGCACCGUUACGGUCGAGCUCGAGAUGCCUGACCGUGAGGCCGCGCUCGCGGUUGUGAAGGAGUACGAUGGUGUGCCGGCCGACGGGGAGACGCUGCGCGUGGCACUGGUCGGAGCUAGAGAUUUGGGCGCGCGCCUGCGUCGUGAUGUUGAGCCUGAGAAGCCAAAGCAGCCCGAACGCACGGGCAAAAUGUACGCUGAUCAGAUUGCGGAUGCCCCAGUGAUCACCGUGCCCCAGGAUCGCAGGGAGGCAAGGGUGGACCGGGGCGGUGGCUCGCUUGCGUCGCGGAUGGGACGGCGCUAGGCUAGGUGCGACGAUUCUCACAUUCAUUCCGGCCGGUGGCUACGAUCUGGAGGCGCAGGGCGACUCUGGCACAAUGGACCCACGACGCGUGCGCACACGCAGCUGUUGUACGAUAUGCAAUGCCUGUCUCUUCUUCACAGCAUACAAUCGAUCGCAUCUGUCUACUCCAACGUACACACAGCGGUAUGAAGCCACAGACCAGAACCAGAGUCAGGACAAAAUCACUACUUGGGAACAAGGACGGCGCAGAGCACUAUAACGAGAAUGACUGCAAUGCCAGCAAGGAC